AUGAAUGCCGUGACUGUAAGGAGUGGAAAAAAAUUGGAGCCAUCAAGGGAGGUUGUUGAAGGGGUAGGUGCAAAUGAAAAGGUAGUUGAAAGUACUAUGAUUGAGGAAGAGCCAAAGGAAACGACUCCACCACCUCUUGUUCCAUAUGUGCCAAAGGUUCCUUUUCCACAGAGGUUAGCCCAAGCCAAGUUAGAGAAAAAGUAUGGAAAAUUUCUUGAUAUUCUGAAGAAGCUUCACAUUAACAUUCCAUUCUUAAAUGCAAUAUCCGAGAUGCCAUCAUAUGCCAAAAUUUUAAAGGAUAAGCUCUCUAACAAGAAGAAUCUAGAAGAGAAUGCUAUAAUUGCAUUGACUGCAGAGUGUAGUGCAAUUUUGCAAAACACACUUCCUAAGAAAUUAGGCGAUCCAGGUAGCUAUUCAAUUCCGGUGAAACUUAGGGACAUAGAGAUCAACAGGGCAUUAUGUGAUCUUGGUGCAAGUAUGAGUCUUAUGCCGCUUUCUAUCUGCAAGAAACUUCAAAUGGGUGAACUAAAGCCUACACGUAUAUCUUUACAACUUGCGGAUUGGUCAGUCAAGUUUCCUUUGGGUGUACUUGAAGAUGUUCCACUAUGCGUGGGAAAAUUCUUUAUUCCAUGUGAUUUUGUUGUGAUGGAAAUGGAGGAGGAUGCACAUGUCCCUAUCAUUCUUGGUAGACCAUUCUUAGCUACCGCGGGAGAAAUCAUUGAUAUGAAGAAUGGUAAAAUCACUUUUGAAGUAGGGGAUGAGAAAAUGGAGUAUUCACUCUUGAAUGACAUGGGAACUCCUUCCAUGGGAGAGACUAUUUUUCAAGUGGAUAUCCUCGAUGAUUUACAACGUGAACAACUUCCCUUGAUUAAAACGGAAGAUGCGCUUGAAACGGUGUUAAUAGGGAGUGCUAAUGAUGAAGAUUGGGAAACAAGGGAGUAUACAAGGCUACUAGAGGUAGCAAAAGCCAAUCCAAUCACCGCUCCAGUCAAGGAAGUCCUUAGUGUAUCAAGUGUUGGGGAGAGUACUACGCCUCCCGAGGUAGAGUUGAAACCCCUUCCCUCUACCCUCAAAUAUGCAUAUCUUGGUCCUAAUAAUACAUACCCUGUUAUUGUUGAUGUUGAGCUUAAUGACAUAGAAUUGGAGUAA